UUUAAAGGCCCAGUACAUUCUUCUUAGGCCCAAACAAUAUCGUCACGGACUCACGUGAGACGGUGAGAGUUUAUUCAGGUAAACGGCACUAGUUUUCGUUACGUAGCUACGGAACGGCACGUAGUUCCGUCAUCCAAUAGACGGAGAAGAUUAUUGAACCAUCCACUAAAACGUAGACCGGUCCCACACCAUAGCUAGUUAGCUAAGUUUGACUGUUUGAGACUGUUACCUUUACGGUGCACCAUCACACAGUGAAUUCUCACCCCUUCUUCCUUUCGUCUAUAAAAAAGGGGGAAGCAAAAGCAAACCGUUUAUUCUGUUAACUCCCUCCACUUCUCACCUGACUCCAUUGAUAGCUAACUUCUAGGGUUUUCUCAAGAUGUGGGGCUUCGAUGACUGUUGCAGUCGCUAUCAAACUAGCGACGGGUUCAUGUACAAUCACGUGACGAAGAAUGCUUCUCCGUCUUCUGAUGACAACUUGCAGAAGCUUGGCUUCGACCUUGACGUGGGCACCACGCAACAGAGUAAUGCUUCAUUCGAUGAUGCCACCGUCAUCGCUUCUAUGUCCGAUAGGUUGAGUCUUCUUGCGACAGUCAAGAAUCAGGCUACUGAGAUCUCAGAACAAAUAAAGGGACAAAUAAACAUACCCAACGUUCGUUUUGCUGCUUCUAUCUACAUAGCCUGUAGACAAAAUGGCAUGGCGUUGAGUAUAAAAGACAUAUCUUCUGUUGCCGAUGGAGCAAAACAGUCUAAGAUUACCAGUGCAGUCAGAUCCGUAGUUGACAAACUUGGCCUUCCUCCUCAGUUGAUGCACAUCCGAGCUGCUGAGUUUGCAAAGCGGUAUUCCACUGAGCUUCAAAUGAAUAGCGAAGCCAUUAAAGCUGCUGAAGAAGCUGCAGAAAGGUGUACUGACCAUGUUAACAGGUACCUUCACUCUUUGGGCAGUUUCUGGAACUUAAGAUGUAAUAACCUUGAUUCUACUAAUUGCAGAAGCAGGGCUCCGUCAUCAGUUGCAGCCACAGUCGUCUAUAUCAUUUCUCAACUUUCUUAUGAGAAGAAGCUGCUCAAAGAUAUUAAAGAAGCCACUGGACUUCACGAAAAUACCAUAAAAGGAACAUACAAAGAUUUGUAUCCAUAUCUGUCAAGGAUAAUACCAACGUGGUUUGCCAACGCAAAUGACCUGAAAAGGCUCCGCAGUCCCUAGUUCUCUAUCCUACGAGGAUACAACAAGCUCAUCUCACGGAACGAAGGUUGUCUACUCUUCAGUCCCUUUAUAAGGUUCUUACUAAAUGCCUUGUAGAAAAAAACAGAAAGUUGUAGUACAUAUUAUCCAAAGUGUAUGUAAGCUCUCAGUUACUUUGUCUAAGAAAAACAAGAACAUUCCGCUU